AUGGUCGACAACGACACCAACAAUGAGGGCUCCUGUAGCCAGGGCAAUGCGCCAAAUCACGACAAGAAGCGCAAAUGGGCCGAUCGCGACCGCCGCAACGCGUCGCGCGGAGGCGGACGGCUUCAGCACGGUAGCCGUCCGAGUAAGAAGAGGAAUAUGGGGCGUAAGGGCAAUGACUCCACACAACUAGACAGACGAGGCCGCAACCAAACCCAGCAGGCGCGCGACAAGGAGCACGAGGAAAAGGGCGAGAACGAGAAACCGGCAUUACCAUCAGCGUUCCCCGCAGAAGAAGUCGAGGCUGAGGAGCGCAGACCGAAGCGCAAAGUCGCAGUCAUGAUCGGAUACUCGGGCACGGGCUACAAGGGAAUGCAAAUUGAUUACAAGCAAAAGACAAUUGAAGGCGAUCUCUUCAACGCAUUUGUGGCUGCCGGCGCCAUUUCAAAGGCAAACGCCACUGAUCACAAGAAAUCAUCCCUAGUCCGAUGCGCGCGUACCGACAAAGGCGUCCAUGCUGCGGGCAAUGUUGUCUCACUCAAGCUGAUCAUCGAGGACGAGGAUAUUGUCCAGAAGAUCAAUGACAAUCUCUCUGACCAAAUCAGGGUGUGGGGCAUCCAGCGCACCGUUGGAUCUUUCAGCUGCUACCAGGCCUGCGACUCCCGAUGGUACGAGUACUUGAUUCCCACGCACUCUUUCCUCCCACCGCAUCCGUCAAGUUUCCUGGGCAAGAAGUUGGAAGAGUAUGCAGAAAAGGAAAAUGACCUUGAGGGCUAUCGAUCACGACAGGCCGAGGUGGCCAACUUUUGGUCUGAAGUGGAGGAGAAACACAUCAAGCCUAUCCGAGACUCACUGGAUGACUCCAUACGGCCGCUGAUCCAUGAAGCUCUGUACAACGUCGAAGCUGUUGACGCAGAGCCAGGAGCAGACCCAAUCAUCGAUGCUUCGAUGGACGAUAAAAAUGCCGAAGAGACCACGUCUGCCACGGAAGGCGCAGAAUCAACCACUGCUGAGACCGAAGUCAAAGAAGCCAUCGACAGCAUCCAACAAAAUGACUCCAACCUCACCCUCGACAACACGACUGAUGGCACCAAGCCCCUCCCUGAGGGCACAGCCAACGGAUCCGCUCUAGAAGAAGCCGUCAAAGCCCUAAAGAAAGCAUACAUCGACGUCAAAAAGGCAUACCGCAUCUCACCCAUCCGCCAAGAGCGCGUCCAAGCAGCCCUCAACAACUACCUCGGCACCCACAAGUACCACAACUACACCGUCCAAAAGAAAUUCAGCGACAAGUCUGCCCAACGCUACAUUAAAUCCUUCAAGGUCGCCCCCAAGCCCAUCAUCAUCAACGACACCGAAUGGCUUAGCCUCAAAGUCCACGGCCAAAGCUUCAUGAUGCACCAGAUUCGCAAAAUGGUUGGCAUGGCCGCCCUCAGUGUGCGUUGCGGCACAGACCCCAAGAUCAUCCAGGAAAGCUUUGGCAACACUGUGGUCAGAAUUCCCAAGGCGCCCGGCUUGGGCUUGUUGCUCGAGCGCCCGGUCUUUGACUCAUACAAUGAGAAGCAGGCACGCGCAGCGGGCCGUGAGAGCAUCGACUUCACAAAGUAUGAAAAGGAGAUUGAGGAAUUCAAAGAGCGAGAGAUUUAUCAGAGGAUUUUCAGGGAAGAGGCGCAGGGUAAUCAAUUCAACACCUUCUUCACUCAUCUCGACAACUACAAGGAUCCCCAAUUCCUGUAUCUCACCUCGGGCGGUAUCGCAGCUACCAAGACCAAAUUGGGUGGUGCGAAACACAAGCAGCAGGAGCGGUUUGAAGAGGACUCGGAGGAUGAAGAUGUUAGUGGCGGGGAGGGGUAG